AUGCCCAAGGAGUCUGUGCCCGUGUUGCCAGUGACUGUGACGAUCAAGGAGACGACUGAGGGGAGCGUGCCCUCCGUCGCUGUAUUCGUGCUGCCCGUGACUGCGGCGGUGGAAGAGACGACCAACCAUGGAGAAUAG